AUGGGUCUGUGCAACAAGACUCCAGUGCAGCUCGUGCUCAAGGGAAACCCCAAAGCAGUGUUUCGUCCAAAACGACCGGUUGCCAACAGUAUGGAGAGCGUCGUAGAAGACGAACUAAACCGGUUGGAAAGUUUUGGGAUCAUAAAGAAGGUCGACUUUUCGGACUGGGCGGCACCCAUUGUCGUCGUGCGAAAACCGAAUGGAACUGUUCGGAUCUGUGCGGAUUUUUCGACUGGUCUAAAUGCGGUACUUGAGCCGAACAAUUACCCUCUGCCCCUGCCGGAAGACAUUUUUACCAAGAUGGCAAACUAUCGGAUUUUCAGUCACAUCGAUUUAUCCGAUGCUGACCUCCAAGUACAAGUGGACGAAGCCAGCCAACCGCUUCUCACAAUCAACACACACCGAGGCCUAUUUCAGUUCACCCGGCUGUCACCCGGUAUCAAAGCAGCACCGGGGGCCUUUCAACAGUUGAUGGACGCAAUGCUUGCUGGACUUGAGUGCACUACUGGUUAUUUGGAUGACAUUUUGGUGGGAGGCCGUAAGGAAGAGGAACAUCAACACAACCUGCAGCUUGUUCUUGAACGCUUGCAAGAUUACGGUUUCACUGUGCGCAUCAAAAAUGUUCCUUCAAUAUGCGCCAGGUUAAGUACCUGGGCCAAAUUCUCGAACGGUAUACGACCAGAUCCAGAGAAAAUAGCAGCGAUUGUUAACAUGCCGCCUCCGCAAGACAUCUCAACAUUGCGUGUGUACCUAGGUGCUGUGAACUAUUACGGCAAGUACGUCAAGGGAAUGCGCACGCUCCGACAGCCCAUGGAUCAAUUGCUCAAGGCUGGUACAAAGUUCGUGUGGUCGACAGAGUGUCAGAAAUCAUUCGAUCGAUUCCGCGAACGUCUCCAAUCACUGUUGUUGCUGACGCACUAUAACCCAAAGUUGGAAAUCAUCUUGUCGACUGAUGUGUCAAACGUCGGACAACCGUCUCCAGCGAUGGGCCCUAACGCUACUGCUAUACGAUUUACCGUCUGCUACGGGCACACGGAGAGUUUUGGUCAUGCUGACGUACUAUCACGGCUUAUGAAUCGUCACGUGCGGCCAGACGAGGAAUUUGUAAUUGCCACUCUCGUACUGGAACAAAGUAUUCGGAUCAUUAUUAACGAGUCACUACAGGCGUUUCCGCUUUCGUUUAAGGAGAUCAAGAGCAGAACGAAAUCAGAUGACAUACUACAGCAAGUCAUUCGGUUUGUCAAUGAAGGAUGGCCCUCAAAGAAGAUGAGUAUUACUGAUCGUGCAGUACAGCAAUUCUAUCUGCGACGAGAUGGACUGUCCGUCGUGGGUGGAUGUCUCAUGUAUGGUGAGAGAUUGGUAGUGCCACCCUGUUCCAGAAGACGCGUACUCCAGCAAUUACAUGCGGGUCACCCGGGAGUCGAGCGCAUGCGGUCGAUUGCACGGCAGUACGUGUAUUGGCCGAACAUAGAUGAUGAGGUUGCAAAAAUCGUCCGAUCCUGUAACGAAUGUUCCACCGUAGCCAGGUGCGAUCGGAAGACGAAUUUGGAAUCCUGGCCAGCGCCGGAAGAACCAUGGCAGCGGCUGCAUCUCGACUACGCAGGACCAAUCGAUGGGCAGUAUUAUCUCAUUCUGGUUGAUUCGUACUCGAAAUGGCCAGAAGUCGUGCGCACCAAGGAUAUCACCACAACAGCUACAUUGCGCAUUCUUCAAGGAAUCUGCGCCAGAUACAGACAGCCAGAAACGCUGGUUACGGCCAACGGACCUCAGUUAACUAGCGACCAGUUCGAAACUUUCUGCGAUAGCAACGGUAUCACCCACCUAAAGACUGCACCUUUUCAUCCGCAGUCAAACGGAUUGGCGGAGAGAUUUGUCGACACGUUUAAAAGGUCGCACAUCGUUAGAGUUAUUACGUCCGCCAACUCCAACGCAUAA